AUGUCAUCAUCACAAAGGGUCAGAAACAGAUACUCUAAAGCUCAAUCAGAGGUAGUUGAAGCCGAAUCAAAAAAAAUUGCAGAAGCAUGUAAAGGAAAUAACACUCUUAAAAAUAUUAGUGAAUGGUACCAUCCUUCAAAAAAACUCACAUUGCAAUUUGGUUGGGCAGAUGGAGGUGCUCGUUUGAUAUAUGGGCUUAAAAGAAAUGUGUUAUUACGUAGCUGGAGCUACUCUUGUGGUAAAUGUAAAACUAGUUUUUAUGCUCAUGAUGAUAGAUUAUUGUUAAGGUUGCCAGAGCAUGUUCCAUUUCCAUUUCAUAUGCUUACUAAAUCAGGAUUUACUUUGGAAUUAAUAAAUGAUAUUAUUUCUCUUGUUCCUGAUAUUGGUUGUGACAAAUUGGUACAAAGAAUUCAUGAAUUUCAUACUGACUAUUAUUUAUUACAAAAACAACGUUAUUAUGAACACUGUGUUCAAUACCAAAAAGAAUGCUUCUUGCAAUAUUUUGAAACUCAACUUGAAGAUUUCUUUGAUAAAUGGAUGAGGAGUUUGUCAGGCAAGGUUUUAUCUUCUGAUCAUACUUUUAAGAUUGCAUCAUUUGUGUGGUUAUUAAAAAAUCAACCAUUUGGAGCCUUUUGGGCUGUGUUAAAUGAAUAUAAUGAAGUUAUUACAAUGUCAUUUGUGAAAGAUAAAUCAAAUUCUUGCAUCAAACCUAUUCUUGAGGGUCUUAAAUUAUGUUAUCAGCUAUUAAAAAAGAAUCAUCCUUGGGCAUGGUAUUCUGACCAGUGUUGCAUAGAUCGCAAGUUGAUUAAUUCAGUUUUUCCUGACACCCCUGUUAAAAAAGAUUUGUUCCACUUUUUGGAUUUGUAUUUAUGUAGCAUUGGGAGGGAGGCUCAAAAUAACAUCUUUUACAAACAAUUUGUUAGAGAAUUAAGAGAUAUUUUUUUUAUUACUGUAAAUAAUCAAAAAAAAAUACCACAGCCUAAAUUAUUGGAAGAAAGGCUAAUUAAAUUUUUUGAAAAAUAUAACCAACAAAAAUUCAAUAUUAUUAAUGAGAAUUUACUUAAACAACAUAGAGAAAAUCUAGUUCAUGUCAGACUUGGAUGUAUUUCUGAUAUUGAAAACAAACCAUCUGAAAUUAUUAUAACAAGUAAAUAUUUAGUUACAAUAAAUAAAACAACUAUUAAUAUACUUAAAUUCUUAAAUUCAGGCCCUACAGGAAACAAAAUUAAAUCAUUAUGUUUACAUGGUACAUCUUCACUUGAGCAAGCAAACAAAGCUUUUGCUACCCCAUUUCGACAAACAGCUUGUGGACCCAGAAUGGCAAAUGCAUUACUAAAAAUAACAGUUUUUAGGAGAAAUAUCCGUAUGGGAAAACUUAACAGACAAGAUAAAAUUUUAUUGCAAUGUAAUAAUAGUUACUCAAUCAAAACUAAUAUCAGAAUAUUUGGGUUAAUGAAUAUUUUAUUCCCAACAGAAAAUUAUGAUGAUUUUCAAUUUCAAGAAAUUAUUUCUAAUGAAAGUUUUGGGUUCUUGCAUAAUGAUCGAAUAGAUAUAGUAAGCAGCAAAACCAAUUUUGAAGAAAUAAUUGAUAUAGAUAACAAAGAACCAGAAGAAGAUAAUGAUUUAUUGUCUUCCUUGACUGGAGGUUAUGUUUAUACUAAAAAUUUUAAUACUUGUGAACAUACUGCAUAUAGAGAAAUUUACAAAAAUGAAUUGUAUUUAGUUGAUCCAAAAACUAUCAGGUGGGAUAAAGUUCAAGAACAUUGGAUGAAAGUCACAGAUAAAAAUGCAGAUCCUAAUUCUUCUACAUCAAUUCGUCCUAAACUAAAGGAACAUUUGAAAGAACAUUUCUUAGUUAUUAAUAAUUUUUAUUUAAGGAAAGAAAUUGAAAAGAAAAAUGAAUCAGAAAUUUCAUUGAUUACAUCAUCAUCAAGCAGUGCAACUGGUAAGCAUAGCAGGCUUAAAUUUGAUUG